AAAAAACAAAAAGGAGUGGGGUUUUUUUUCCCGGAACUAUCAGCCGCACCCAUUUUUUUUUCUUUCCUUGGAUUUUGUGAAGUCAGCCGCAGAUCAAUUCUAUUCAUUUGAAGCACAUCAGAUUAGUCGCACCAGGUUUUCUUUCAUUUUAGUUACAAGCAACCGCAGGGAAGGAAUUCUUUCUGUUCGUUUCUGGAAUUAGCCGCAACAAGUACUUCUUUUCUUCUCUAGUAGAAUAGCCGCAGCAGCAAGAAAUGCAUCAGCUUCACUUUUCUCUAAUUUCUUCCAAUUCAAUUUAGCUUUUGAACAAGAAUUGAAUUUAACAUAGAGAUUAGGGACCGGAGGGGUUCCACCAAUCAAGCAGCUGAUCAUUUAUCACGAUUAGAUGUUGACUUGGUAGACUCUUUCGGUAAUGAUGUUAUUGAAGAACUUUUUCCUGAUGAACGUCUUUUGCAGGUUGAGAUUGGAUCUGAGGUACCCUGGUAUGCAGACAUAGCUAACUACUUAGUAGGCAAUGUUGAGCCAACCGGGCUAUCUCGACACAUGUCAAAAAAGUUUCUGUCUGAUGCUAAGUAUUAUUUCUGGGAUGAUCCUUAUUUGUUCAGGAUUUGUGCUGACCAAGUUGUACGAAGGUGUAUUCCUGAGGGUGAAAUGAAUGAGAUUCUUUACCAUUGUCAUGCUGGCCCCACUGGGGGCAUUUUUCUGGUAAUAGGACAGCAAGAAGAGUGUUAGAGUGUGGGUAUUACUGGCCCACAUUGUUCAAAGACGCAAAUUCUUAUGUUGCCUCAUGCGAUAAGUGUCAAAGGGUAGGAAAUAUUUCUAAACGAUAUGAGAUGUCCCAGACAUAUCUAUUGCCUUGUGAAGUUUUUGAUGUCUGGGGGAUUGAUUUUGUAGGCCCAUUCCCUAGCUCAAGAGGCAAUAAAUUUAUUUUAGUCGCUAUUGAUUAUGUGUCGAAGUGGGUAGAGGCUAUUGCGAGUUCUACUAAUGAUGCUAGAGUGGUUGUGCGUUUUGUAAAAAAAUUGUUUUCUAGGUUUAGAGUCCCCAAAGUUUUGAUUAGUGAUCGAGGAAGCCAUUUUCGUAAUGAUCCGCUAGCUCGUGUUUUGUCUAAAUAUGGGGUUCAACAUCGGCAAGGAGUAGCCUAUCACCCCCAAACUCAGGGGCAAGUAGAGAAUGCAAAUCGGGAUCUUAAGGCUAUCCUAGAAAAAACUGUAGCGCAAACUCGUAAGGAUUGGUCAGAAAAAUUAGAUGACGCGUUAUGGGCUUUUAGGACAGCUUAUAAGACUCCGAUUGGUACUACUCCUUUUCGAUUAGUUUAUGGGAAGUCUUGUCAUUUACCUGUGGAGGUAGAGCAUUUGGCACUCUGGGCUUUAAGAACUGUUUGUCUUGAUUCAUCUAGUGCAGGUAAGGAGCGGUUCUUUCAGGUGAAUGAAUUGGAUGAGUGGAGGGCUCAGGCCUUUCAUAAUUCAUACUUAUACAAAGAGAGAGUAAAGUAAGCUCAUGACAAGCACAUUAAGGCAGACCUCCAGUUUGCAGAGGGGGAGAAGGUGUUGUUGUAUAAUUCAAGGUUGAGACUUUUUCCUGGGAAGCUGAAGUCCCGAUGGACGGGACCAUACACUGUACGUCGAGUUUAUCCCUAUGGAAGCGUGGAGAUUGAGCAUAAUGACGACCGGGUUGUCAAGGUCAAUGGCAACCAACUCAAGCACUAUUUUGGGGGAAUGUUUGAAAAGCAGGAGGUUUUAAGCCUCGAACCCGUCUUUGAAUGAGAUUUUAUCGUCAAGCUAGUGACGUUAAAGAAGCGCUUCUGGGAGGCAACCCACCAAAAAAAAUAGGAGUUUAGUAUCUCUUGUUUAUGCAUUUUUUGUCUUUGUUUUUGUGUUUUCAUCUCGGAGUUGUGCGGUUGGAUUUCUUUGCCUUGAAUUGUAGGUGUGGCAUGGGAGUUCAUGAAUUGAUUUUGGAAAAAUUGCAGCCCCAUGUAAAUGGGGUUAUUCAGAGCUACACGCUGCAAUUUACUUCACAGCAGGCAAGAUAGUGAUAUUUGAACUGGGAUUCAACUUCAGACACUUGUAGGGACAAUGAUUUGAGAGAUACGCGUGCUGGAGGAACAGGGUCUCUGGACAGAGACUUGAAUCAUCACAGUGUCGAAGAGAGGAUGCAACAACCAGCACAAUCAUCAGGGUGGCGCCUGGAUUUCUAUGACUCGGCGUAUGAGCGAACAGAUGAGUUCCAGCACCUACUUUCCCAACUAAUUUGGGCUAAAAGCCUUCUGGGAAUGUCAUUCUACACACGAUUCAGAGUUUGAUGCUCAUAGGAGUUCUAACAGACAGUAAAUCAGGCUGCCUUAACGUGUUUCUUCAUGGGAAAUAAUCUCCAUAGUAACAGCCAGAUUGCGAGCAAGGUGCUACCAUGUUUCAUUUUCUCCUCUUGCAGCUGAUUUGAGCGUGUCGCAAUGGACAUGUCAGUGCCUAUGAGAGAGUUUAUACUUUACAAAUUCACCGGGCAGCGAUCCAAACUUAUCAGGGAGUUGAGAGACUUCCAGAUGCAUCACGAGACAGUCAUGUGCACACUACCUAGAUUCCUCACCACCAGAGAGGAGGAGCUAUAAGAUGCAGAGAUUUGAAGUUAUUCGGGAGGUUAUUCACCGUCGUUUGGCUUGCACGGUAUUCUGUCAACUCUUUCUACGCUGCUAAUAAUGUUUGUUUAUUGUCUUAUUACUCCUUUGUUGAGUUGUGUUGAUUAUUAUUCUGAUUAUGAUGUGUUGCCGGGCUGAAAACCAUUGUAUUCUUUAACUUGCCCCCGUUAUUUUUUUUAAUCUUUUCUUUGACCUCGAGGGCGAUGUCACCCCUAAGUGUGGGGAGGUUUGGUUUUAGCUUGGACAUGACAUUUGGUGAUGAAGUUAUUCUGUCUGAAAACAUUUUGAGGUGCACGAGGUUCUUUUUUCUAGUUUAGCAACGCAACAGAGGUGUUGAAAAUCCUUACUCCGUAAGGAGCUCUGCUUUCUAAGCAUAUCGGGAUAAAUUCAUGCUAAGCAAGCAACUGAUUCUUGUUAUGGGGUUACACUUCGUGUGUCGAGAAUUUCAUCUCCGAAAAGGGGCUCUACUCAUCUCGCGAAUCACUCUGUGUGAGAGUUGAGUAUGCAUAGAAUAAUCUAAUCUUUUGCGGGUCAUUUAUUAACUAAUUAACUCUAACUAAUUAUUUUGGGGAGCAUGGUUGAGUGAGAGAGAUUAUUUGACAUGAUUAAUUGAUAGAAUAAUCUGAGAUCAAAAUAUGAAACCGGAUUAUUUUGAGAUUAUUUGUGAAGUUAGAGUUAAUUAGUUAAUAAAUGACCCGCAAAAGAUUAGAUUAUUUCGGGAUGAUGGUUGAAGGUAAUUUAGAGGGGACAAGAUUAUUUCUAAAACAAUUAUGUGGCAAAUAUUAAAAGGUAAGAAUCACAAAAAAUCAGAUUAUGUUAGAAGCAUGAGUGUGGAUGCUCUAAGGCGUUGUUCUAUAUUUGAUUAAUAGUAA